CGUAAUACCUAGUCACUUAAUACAAGCCAAUGAAAACAUAGCGCGGCUAUCAACAUUCAUACAAAAGAAAUGAUGCAACGUUCUUGAGUGAUUACAUAGAGAAUCUGUAUGCUUAAUAAUUUUUUUGCUGUGACAGGAACUAUGUUUUGACCUAAACGAAGAGCGAACAACUUAACGCGUUUCUGCAUUCAUCUGUCUGUCAAUAUCUGUUAUCUUGCCCACGGAAGGACAUCAGAGUAUAUGAUCUCUGGGGUAAUAAUCAGCUCUCAGCUGAUGUUUCACCCGGUAUUUUGGGGUUUAACAAUUUUUGCGUUCUUGUGGUGUUGUUGAAUGUUUCGAACUGGAAAUGACGCAAACGAAAGUGUUGCUUGUCGCUUGUGGGGCAUACAAUCCUCCCACACAUAUGCACCUCCGAAUGUUUGAAAUUGCUCGAGACCACCUACAACGUCUGGGCUAUAAAGUCAUAGGUGGAGUAGUUUCACCCGUCCAUGACGCAUACGAGAAAAAGGAUUUACUGUCUUCAACUCAUCGUUGUGCAAUGUUACAACUUGCUUUGAAGAAUUCGGACUGGAUUAAAUUGUCGACAUGGGAGUGUCAACAAGAUACGUGGUCCCGAACGCGAUUUGUUCUGCAGCACCAUCAGAAUCAAUUAAAUUCAGUUUUAAAUGAUUGUAAUGAUUCUCCUAAUAAACGUCAGCGAAGAGAUGACCUACAGUGGAUACCUGAUGAUUUAAAACUUGGUUGUGAAAAACCAGUUCAGGUUAAACUCUUAUGUGGUGCAGAUUUUCUGGAAUCAUUUGGAGUACCUGGACUUUGGGCAGAUGAAGAUAUUGAAACCAUUCUUGGACAACAUGGGUUGGUUGUUAUAACUCGUGAAGGCAGCAACCCAUAUAAAUUCAUAUAUGAAUCAGACAUCUUAUCAAAGUAUCAGAAUAAUAUUAUUAUUGUCACUGAAUGGAUUGCUAAUGAAGUCAGUUCUACAAAAAUUCGUCGUGCUUUACGCCGUUCGGAGACUGUGAAGUAUCUCAUCCCAGAUUCAGUAAUAGACUAUAUACAAAAGAAUAGUCUAUAUAAGGCUAAAGACAAUAAGUAUUUGUAUCCAGAAUUUUGUGGUACACAACCAUUUCUAACUCCUUCCCCCAGUGAUGUGAAUAUGGAUUCGCCCAGUCCAAAUACACAGAUCACGGCCCUCACGUAUGAUUGUGAAUUCCAAAAUAAGAAAAAUUCAGAACAAAAUGAUCCUUGUGUUAAUGUCCCAGUCACAUAUAUUAGAGUUGAACACAUUUCUGGAGAACAUAUUGAAAAUGAGGUGCAUUAUGCAGAGAGACUAAGUAAUGAUGAAAACUCAAAACGCUCUGCAAUUGGCUAUCCAGGUCAAGCAGUGCAAAUAAUUUCCACACCUACUGGUGACAGAAUUGCGAAACAGGGGCUGACUCGUCCUGCAUGCCUUCUGUAAGAGACCUCGUACUCCUCAUUGGGAAAUGCAAUCGACCCCCGAAGCCCAUUGCUUCUUCCAUGCCUGCACUAGUUUGAUUGUUUCUCUUCCUUCACAUUCUUGCAUGCUGGAACAGGCAUGUGCCCACACUUUUGAAUACUUAUUAGUAGAUGUGAUAAUUUUUUAUCCCUAAUUUUUAGCGGUGUUUACAAAUAAGAUAUUUGCAUUAAAAUGUGAAACUCAGAUGUUAUGUCUUUCACUCUAAAUAUUUCUAUUGUUUUUGUAUGUUCUUUAAUUGAAUGGAACAUUCCUGUUUUAAUCAGUAUCAUGUCUCAUCCUGUGACAUUUUUAAAACCAAUGCUAAUGAUAUGUAAAUAUAAAACUGCAUGGUUUUGUACACCUCAGGCCUCAACAUUCUUAUAUCUUUAUUGAGGUAGCAACUUACUCAAAAUUUUGUCAUUUAUCUUACAAUUAAUUCAGUUUUAUGCUACCACCUUUAUUAUUGGUGUAAGAGAAAAGUGAAAUGUAUUCAUUUUCCUAUUUAAAAAUACUUUACUCAAUAUCUUUCAAUAUCAUACAGUAAGUGAUGCAACUACUAUAUUAAUGCCAUGAUCACAGUUGCUUUAAGUCUCUUGAAAUUCUUAAUUAUAUCACUUUACAGAAAUGCCAAUAAAGAACUGCAGCAGUAACAUCAGAUUAAAAUU